AGCAAAAUUUUGGUUCUACAACUUCUCUUAGCAAAACGCUAUCCGGCCGCCGUUGUCUGCUAAGCCGCAAAAGCCUCCAUUUUUGCCUGUCUUUGCUUCGCAGUGCUUCCGUAUAUCUUGCCGCCAAAUACCUCCUUCUCUCUCUUUCUUCCGUACAAUGGCGGCCUGCAAAACCCUAGUCAGUAUUUCCCUUUCUUCGGUGGCUUCUACUCUCCGAAGCAGUAGACUGACCUUAUCUUCCCCUCACAACUCGCCCUCUCUUUGUUUCUCUCCUUCCAUUUCCUCUCCCCAAGGGCUAAGAGCACUGCAGAACAGAGUCCUCUCAAGAUCCUACGCUUCGAUCGAAGGAGCUUCGCUUUCAAUCGAAUCGAUCGAUUCACCGGAAGAGAUUGAACCGCCGGAGAGCCCGACGCAGGACAACCUCGAGCACUUGCUCACGCACAAAGACGACGUCGUACGGCUGAUGAAGAUGGAACGCCGUCGUAUCGACACCGAUCAGCGGACCGGCCGAUGGUUCCCGUACCUGGACCGGUUCAAGUGCGGAGACGCGUACCUGAGCAGCGGCGAGGUAGUGGAGGCUCUGGAGCCGCACAUAAUGGAAUCGAGGAUGGAGAGGUUCAGGAACGUGGCGACUAAUAGGAGCUACUCCGUCUGUUUGGUGGUCGAAGGGCUCAGCGAUUUCGGGAACGUUUCGGCGGCGUUUCGGUCCGCCGACGCUCUCGGAUUUCAGUCAGUUCAUGUCGUCUCCUGCGACGGCUCCAAAAGGUAUAGGGAAAAUCGUCAUGUUAGCAAGGGUGCAGAGAAAUGGUUGGAUAUUGAGGUUUGGGACUCCAUUGAAGACUGCUUUAAAGCUCUCAAAUCGCGUGGCUAUCGAAUUGCCACUACCCAUGUGGGUAUGGACGUGGUGUCCAUUUACGAGAUGGAUUGGUCAUGCCCAACUGCCAUUGUAGUCGGCAAUGAGAAUAGGGGAAUAAGUGAUGAGGCACUGGGAUUGUCGGAUCUGCAUUGUAGUAUUCCAAUGAAAGGAAUGGUGGACUCCUUCAACGUUUCAGUUGCUGCUGGAAUCCUCAUGCACCAUGCUGUUUGUGACAGAAUUUCUCGCCUGGGCUCUCAUGGUGAUCUGACAGUGGAAGAACGUCAAAUUCUACUUGCGGAGUUCUCCCUUCGUCAUGGUAAGAGUUCAAUCAGCAUUGCUCAUGAGUUCGCCAAGCGGAAAGCAGCUCUGCCAACUCCAAAGCUAUGAAUUUGAUGUGCUACUUUUGUAUGCUUUCACUUGGGGAAGCUCAAGAAUCAUGUCUCACUCAGUCUUGGGAACAUGCCUAAAAGAAGUGACGAAGAUGAAUUCCUAUUUAUUGCACCAAGAACAGAAAAGAAUGUCCAAGAAAUCUUUCUAAUUAAAAAGAGGGUCUCAGUUUGACAUUUGUUGUAAUGGAGGUGAUACGUUGGCGCGCCUUAGUAGCUGGGUAUAGUCCUUAUUUUUGCGUCGCUUUUCUUUGGGAUUUUUCAUAUUCAUCUUGUGAUUUGUAUAGGAGAAAAAUAUUACGUCCUUCUGUUUUGCAAACUUGUU